CCAAUCUGCCGCUACAAUGGAAUCUGCUGGUAUAAUUAUGGUAUUGAUUCCAGUCCUCUUAAUUCUUAUUUUAUUGACGAUAGUCGCCCUCCUGUGGCAUUCUGGCUACUUUCUGCCUGUUGAUGUUAAAACUUGUAAACCUCCAUUCGAUGAACUAGAAGUUGCUUACAAGUUCGUAAGAGGAUCUCAUAAAGAUUGCAGUAUGCUUUAUGCAGAAGCACACGGUUUAGCUCCCCAACUGAGAUGUAUUGGCGUAUAUUAUGACAAUCCGAGGGAGGUUGGAGAAAAUCAUAUGAGAUCCAUUGUUGGCCUGAUUAUUAAUGAUGAAGAUAAGCCUGUUGAAGAGAGAGAAAGACAAAAUUUUUUGGCCAAAGGUUUUCAAGUAGCUAAGUUUCCUAGUGUAGAUCAUGUUGUGUAUGCUGAUUUUCCACAUAUGAGCUUCCUUUCAGUGCUGAUAGCUGUUCAUAGAGUUGUUCCAAGUUUUAGAACAUACAUUCAGGAGAAGAAACUGCAAGCAUAUCCUUUAAUAGAAAUAUGUGAUGGGUCGAAAAUAGUGUAUGUUGCUCCAUUGUCAAACCAAAGUGAAUUCUUUGUAUAUGAAGCACUUGCAGAAAGUGAGGAAGAAGUGACCUCUGAGAAUACUGUUGACAAAGCUGAUGAUGGCUCAAUCAAAGAUUUAGAAGAUUUGCCGGACACCAUAAGUUCUGUUGAUUCGCUAGUGGGUGGCUCUAAAGUAGAAGAAUUGCCAACAAAUGAGGAGAUUCUCGACAGCUUAGAUGAAAAAAACAAGAUUGCUGGUAAUGGCUCAGAAGCCAGUACAGAAUCGUUUGAAGAACUACAGCUGGACUCUUGAACAUUUUUCAUUGUGAUCUUUAACUCAUUGCAAGUUGCUUUUGAGAUUGUUUGCUAAA